UGUUAUUCUCCCCAUCGUCACGUUGUAACCGAUAACCGGUAGAUGUUGUCUCAUUUUCAUUGGAAGAGGAAGAAUUUCGCCGCGAAUGCGUGAAUGAUUAACAGCCGACAUAGAAAAAUAAAACAUGGCUGAAAGAAGAGGUGGUUUUGAUCAACCUAGAAAUUAUGGUAACAAACAGCUACCAACCGAACCCCCGUAUACUGCAUACGUGGGCAAUUUACCCCAACGUCUUGUUCAAGGCGAUGUCGUUAGAAUUUUCCAAUAUCAAGGCUACAAGGUGAAGAGCGUCCGUUUGGUUAACGAUCGUGUUACAGAUGUUUUCAAAGGCUUCUGUUAUGUGGAAUUCGAAAACUUGGAAACACUGGAAGAAGUUUUACGUCUUGAUGGUCUGAUCAAUGUUGACGAUAAUGGCAAGCCCUUGCGAAUUGAUAUUGCUGAGAGCAAGAGAAAUGAUCGUCCCGGCGGUUUCCAAAAACGUGGACCACCAAGGCAAGAUGGUGGCAGUGGUGGUGGUGGCGGCGGCGGUGGUCGUCAUCAAAACUUUUCCCGCGGCGGCGGUGGUGGAGGAGGUAAUCGAGGUGGCGAUCGCGGCCACGAUCGUGGUGGUGAUCGUGAUAAUAGAGGUUCGUACAAUGAUAAUCAUGGUGGUCACAAUGAUAGAAAUCGUGGAGGCGGCGGUGGUAUGAAUAGAGGAUAUUCCGAUCGUCCUGCAGCCCGUGGCCGUUAUGGCAAUUUCAAUAACGACGAUCGUUAUAAUGAUCGCAACCAGGAUCGCAAUCAUCGUGAAGGCAGCUUUGGCGGCCAAAGUCGAGAUGGUGAUCGCUACAAUAAUUUCAGUAGGAAUCGUGGCGGCGAUAGAGAACGCGGUCAUUUCAAUCAAAAUGAUCGUCCCCCAUCUGCUGCUGCACCCCUGGGCAGUAUAGAUGACAGCGAGAGACCCCGACUUCAAUUGCAACCUCGAACCGUAGAUGCCCCCAUCAAUGGUCUUGCGGAGACAAAGCAGGCAGCUGCUAUAUUUGGUAAUGCCAAACCACGCGAAGAAAAACUCAAAGAAGCCAGAGAGCAGGAUGAAGACAAUUAAACGCUGCUUAAUAUCUAUUUUAUCGAGAGAAGAAUAUACCACAACAAAACUACGAAAGAAAGAAUAACAAAUAAAGCAGAGCAGAAGAAGUUAAACAAAAAACAAACAAAGUAAAAAUCUACAAAAUUUUAACUAUUUUUCGAUGAGAAAAUAAAAACAAAACAAACCAACCAGCAAACAACAAAAGAGAAACAAGAGAGAGAAUUAUAUGCAACAUAAAUAAAGAGAACGAGAGAUCUUAACUAUCUACAUACAUACAAUAUAUAUAUGUAAAACGAUUAACUGAAAAGAAUAUUAAAAAAAAAAUACAAAAGCCGGAAUAAGGAAAAUUUAUUAAAUCAACAACAACAAUAUAUAUAUUUAAAACCAACAACAACUACACUUUAUGCGUAAUACCAAAAACCAAAAAAAAUUAUAAGAGAACAGAAACAACAGUUUAUUUUGUUUUAACCACAAGAGGAAAGCCACAAAACAAGCUAACGAGAGAGAGAGAGAGAGGGAGAGCGAGUGAAAUUAACUGAAACAAAAAUUUAUGACUCUAAAAGUAAAUGAUUUAUUUUGGAAUUGAACUAAAGUGAAAAACAUUUUGGAAAUUGGACUUUUUGCAGAAUCAGAAAGAUUUUUUAAAUUAGAAUAUUAUUUGUUUCUUAUUUUUUUUUAUAAAAAAAAACUUGUCUAAAAAAUACUUGAAAAACAUAAAAUCUAUAUAUUAAGAAUAAAAAAUAUAUACAUAAAUAUUUAUAUAUUAUAUACAAAUAUAUAAAUAUUGAAAAAAAAAACAAAGUCCAAAAUUCUUUUACAACGCCCCCCCCCCACUAACCUAAAAACAAAAAAACAAUAGCAACAAAAGGAUAACAUAAAUUGUUGGCAUUCUGGUGUUUUUGGAUUUUUUCGAAAAGCAAUAUACAAUAAUUAAAACUAAAGUAGACUAUGCUUCUUCUUCUCCUAUUUAAAAAAUAAAAACAAACAACAACACAUCUGUUUAAUAAACAAAAAGAACAAAAAACAACCCCACUUUUUAAACAAAUAAAGAUAACUUUAAUACACAUACUUAUAUACUUUGCAUUACAUACAUACUAUAAAACAAAACUAAUUUGAAUAUAUACCAAUAAUAACAAAAACAACAAGAUAAAAGAUAAAUAUUGUAAUUAAAAGUAAUAAAGGAAAUAUAAAACCCAAACACCAUCCCUCUAUUCAAAAGUAAUUACUCAUAUUUUAAAGCUUAAGAAGGCAUUGCAGGUUUAUUUUAGCUUCUAAAAAGUCUAACACCCUUGCCACCAACAACACCACCACACAAAACUAAACCAAAAACUUACCCUUUUCACCCCGACACUACAAAUAUCCACAUUUGACAGAAA